CACCCUGCCUGCCGGAUCCCCGGCAGUCUCUCGACACCUCGGGGGAAGGCUGGGAGGUGUAACCGUCGCCGGCAAGGGAGAGGGAGAGCGGCAGGGAAGGGAGACGGAAGCCAAUAACAGGGAGGUCUAGGAAGGUGGUGGAGGGGGAGGGCCGGGGCCACUCCUCCGUCGGUGGGACUGCAGAUUAUUUUGCAUGGCUUGCUGAAGAGAAAAGGGAGCUGCCUCGCUGGAGAGACCCCAGAUCCAACGGCUUGCUACUGGGGCAGGGAGCGCAGAGGGGUCGGAGUGGUACUGGGUCAGGCGCUGUGACCACGAGGGAUGCAGGCACCUGGAGAGCAGGCAGCGGCGAGGCUGAGCUGAGCGCGGGGAGCGAGCCCGCAAGCGCCGCCACCGGAGGAGCAUGAGCCAGAGCGGCCCCUUCCCCUGCCCCGCCGCUGCCGACGGCUGCCAGCCGCAUUCCUCGGGCUCACAGCCCACGGCGCCGGCCUCGGGCGAUGGGGACGAGCAGCCCGCGGAGCCUGCCAGCGGCGCGGCCAGCCCCCGGCACGGCGCUCAGCCCUCCCCGGCGGCCGACGGGGAGCCCGGGGGCCAGGGGGGCCAGCAUCUGGCGGCGGUGACGGAGCCGGGCGAGAGGCAGGGGGAGCAGGGACUAGGGCCGGGCGUCAGCAGCGAGAGCGGCCCUGGGGACGAGCCAGCGCUGGCGGACGGCGCGGCCGCGGAGCCGGAGCAGCAGGACGCCGCCGCGGCCAGCCCCAGCCGCACGGAGCCGGGCGAGAGGGGCACCGCCGGCCCGGGGGCACCCGGCCAGGCCCUCAGCAAGGAGCGGUGGCACAGCGUCCUGGGGUCCUCAGAAGCGCUGAGUGCCGACGAGCCCGACGAGCAGCUUGGGUUUGCUUCUGGAGAUGCCAACCUGAGCUACAGUGAGGAUGAGAAGGAACAUUUUCAGUUCAAGGACAUCAGGGAUGGGUUCAGCUCAACCUUUGAGAAGAUUGUUGAGUCUGACCUCAUGAAGGGUACCUACUACAGCAGCUUGGACUCCCUGGACGUCCUCUCGCUGACCGACGAGACUGACAGCUGCGUCAGCUUUGAGGCUCCCCUCACCCCUCUCAUCCAGCAGAGAGUGAAGGAGAGCCCAGAGCUCCUGGAGCAGAAACUGGUGGCCCAGCAGAGAGACGCCCUUCAGGACACCGCUGCCAAGAAGCAGGAGCAGGCAGCAGCAAAGUCAGCAGAGGGGGACUUUGGAAGCCCUCUCAGGCACUCGAUCACCAGCAGCAGGUCGGAGAAUGUGCUGAGCCGCUUGUCCUUGAAGAGCAUCCCCAACGGGUUCCACGUGGAGGGGGCGGAGGAGGAUGCCACCAAGAUCAUUACCUCUGUCAGUGAGGAGAUCAGCAGAGACUUCAUCUUCUGGAUGAACUCAGAGCCAAGCCACCACCCCCAGGAGGCAACAGGUCACCCAAAGGGCACUUCCUUGCAUGGAGAAGCCAGCGAUGCCAGCCUGAAGGACACGCUGUCAGACUCGGACUCCGACAUGGGCAGCACGGAGCAGCUGGACCAGGGCAGCACGGAGCAGCUGGCCAACGGGUGCCGCGCGGACGGGGAGGCCGCCAAGAGGCUGGCCAAGCGCCUCUACCGCCUGGAGGGCUUCAAGCGCUGCGACGUGGCGCGGCAGCUCGGCAAGAAUAACGAGUUUAGCAAGUUGGUAGCAGAGGAGUAUCUCAGCUUCUUUGACUUCACUGGGCUGACCCUUGACAGAGCACUCAGGACGUUCCUGAAGGCCUUCCCGCUGAUGGGAGAGACGCAGGAGCGGGAGCGGGUCCUGGUCCACUUCUCGCGGCGCUUCUGCCACUGCAACCCUGCCGAGAGCACCUCCCAAGAUGGGAUUCACACGCUCACCUGUGCCCUGAUGCUCCUCAACACAGACCUCCAUGGCCACAAUAUUGGCAAGAAGAUGUCCUGCCAGCAGUUCAUAGCAAACCUGGAUGGGCUGAACGAUGGGAAGGACUUUGCCAAGGACUUGCUGAAGACCCUGUAUAACUCCAUCAAGAACGAGAAGCUGGAGUGGGCCAUCGAUGAGGACGAGCUGAGGAAGUCGCUCUCAGAGCUGGUAGACGACAAAUUUGGAGCCAGUGCCAAGAAGGUGACCAGGAUCGUGGACAGCAGCAACCCCUUCCUGGACAUCCCGCAGGCGCUGAACGCUGUCACCUACAAGCACGGCGUCCUGACGCGCAAGACCCACGCCGACAUGGAUGGCAAGAGAACUCCCAGAGGAAGAAGAGGUUGGAAGAAAUUUUAUGCUGUGCUUAAAGGGACUGUCCUGUACUUACAGAAGGAUGAAUAUAAACCUGACAAAGACCUCUCUGAAGUGGAUCUGAAAAAUGCCAUCCGUGUGCACCACGCCUUAGCCACCAAAGCCUCUGACUACAGCAAGAAGUCCAACGUGCUGAAGCUGAAGACAGCUGACUGGAGAGUCUUCCUCUUCCAGGCUCCGAGUAAAGAGGAGAUGCUCUCCUGGAUCCUGCGGAUCAACCUGGUGGCUGCCAUUUUCUCUGCCCCAGCCUUCCCCGCUGCCAUCUGCUCCAUGAAGAAGUUUUGCCGCCCUCUCCUGCCUUCAUCCAUGACCAAGCUGUGCCAGGAGGAGCAGCUGAGGUCCCAUGAAAAUAAAAUGAAGCAGAUUGCAGAUGAAUUAGCAGAGCAUAAAUUGCAUCCUGUGGAGAAGAGCCUCAAGUCAAAAGAGGCUGAGGAGUACAGACUCAAAGAGCAUUACCUAAUAUUCGAGAGGAGUCGCUAUGAGACCUACAUCAACCUGCUGUGCAUGAAGAUCAAAGCAGGGACAGACGACCUGGAGAGGAUCGAGAGCAGCUUCCUCAAGGUGGAAGCCGAGGACCUGGCCUUGCGCAAGACGCACUCGAGCCCCUCGCUGAGCCAGGGGCAUGUGCCCAGCAGCUGCAAGGGGGACAAGGACCUUUUGGAGCAGAACACUUAACGAGGCCCAGGGCACCCGAGGGUGGCCCCGCGGUGUUCUGCGCUCCUGGGCUGGAUCGAUGAGCACAAUUUUACCUAGGAAACCGCAGGAGCAGCGCCCCAGCUGCGUGUGAGGUGGUGACUGCUCCGGCGACAGGACAGCGCAGCGCCAGCUGGCACCCCCUGGCAGCACCCUGGCACUGCAGCACUGCGCACACGCCAGCUCCUCUUCGUCCUCAGCAGCGCCCUGGCUUUUCUUUCCCUCCUCCUGCAGCCUGCACAACAAGGAGCUGCCUUGGUGCUCCAACAGCCAGUUUGCUCUUCUCUCCACCAGCCCUCCUCCUUCUCUCCCCAGAGCCCCCACCAGCUGCUGGCCUCGGUGCCCAGCACCGCAGGGAGCCCAGCCAAGAGGCUGGCCUGCGGCACCACCAGCGCCCCAAGAAGGGCACAGAGAGGAGCACCUUGUGGUGGGACAGGAUGGGUGGCAGGCAGCAGCCGAGCAAGUGCGGGGCUGCCAUCUGCCCCGGGCAGCACAGGUCUCUGCCAGCUUCUCCUUGUUACAUAUAUAGAAUAUAUACAUAGGAAUCUAUAUAAAUGGAUCUAUAUGGAAGGACACUGAGUGGAGCUCGAAGCUCCCUGUGCAGGUGAAGGCAAGCGGCCUGGAGAAGACACUAAAGCCCAGGGAGGCUCUGCCCAGCCCAAGGAUGGUUGACAACAUGCAGUAGCCUCUGUAUCUUCUUUUUUGGGGGUUGGUUGUGUUUUGGGUUUUUUUUUCCUCCCUUUUUGUUAACUUGACCAGAAAUCCCCCCUGGCCUUGCUGUGAACCAUCACCCUCCUGUUUCUGCUUCUUCCAGCUGUCCCAGUGGCUGGUGAUUCAGCACCCAGCACUCUGGAUUGGAGGCCCACCUGGAGCUUCAGAUGCAGCUGAACCUGGGUCUGGGGAGCCCAUGGGAGCAGCUCCUCUUGCAGCUGGCCAGGCUGUGCUCCUUCCAGUGGGGAAUUGUGUCUCUAUUCUUUCUGCUGUCUGUGCUCCAAGGGUUUGCUGUUGUGCCAGAAGUGACUCCUCUGCAUUUCCACAACUCUGCUCCCACACUUUAUUUAUUUAUGCCACUCUUUGCUUUGCUCCUUGGUCUCAGACUGCUUUUCUCUCCCCUAGGUGCAUUCACAGGAACCAAGUUCCAGUUUUGCAGGAUCUUGUAGCUGCUAACUACAGUCAUUUCUUGGGCAGAUUUUGCAACCUCCAGCGUUUGAGAGCCUCUGGGACCACUGUUUUCCAUGAUGGUUCGUGACACUAAAAACCUCUGCCCAACUUUGUCACCUCUUCUUUUAUCUCUAUUUCUUUGUACAGUUUGAUAGUUUAUUUGAAAUGAUGCACUAGGAAUCGUGUAAAAAACAACAACAAAGAAGAGAAACCAGAACAGAGUAACAAUAAAGCUGAAUCUGUUGGUAAAGAGAA